AUGCGAGGCACUGUCAGUUUCGUGCAGCAAUGCUUUCCAGGAAAGCCAGAGUUCACCGAGAAAGAUGUUCCAGAUUUAAAGGGCAAGGUUGCUAUCGUCACUGGUUCAAACACCGGCCUCGGCAAGGAGAUCACCCAGAUGCUCUACUCUAAGAAUGCUAAAGUGUAUAUGAUGACACGCUCGGAGGAGAAGACCAAGCAGGCUAUCGACGCUAUCAGGGCUGCCGUUCCCCAGUCAGAAGGGGACUUGAUCUUUAUUCACCUUGACCUAGCAGACCUCGAGAGCGUGAAGACGGCCGCAGAUGAAUUCAACCGCAGAGAGCAGAAACUCCACCUCCUCGUUAACAACGCUGGAGUUGGAUUCCCAGAGCGCGGCAGCAAGACAAAACAAGGCCAUGAGCUCCAACUCGGGGUAAACUGCAUCGGGUCCUUCGCACUUACAACGCACCUUACACCAAUCCUAGUUUCUACGGCCAAGGUAUCGCCCCCUAACGCCGUUCGCAUAAUCUGGGUUUCUUCAUCGGCUGCUGAGGCUGUGGAGCCGAAGACGUUCAUGGAUAACCUGUCAGAAAUUGAGAAGAAAACGCCCUUAGAUCAGUACGCCAUGAGCAAGUUCGGAAAUUACCUCCACGCGACGGAAUUCGCAUCUCGCCUCAAGUCAGACGGUGUCCUUUCUGUCUCGCUAAACCCAGGGAGCUUAGACUCAGACUUCUGGCGCAGCCAGGGAGCAAUGAUGACAUGUAUUCUUCAAAAGACCGUGCUGCAUCCACCCGUCUUUGGAGCUUACACGGUUAUCUUUGCCGCCUUUUCGCGCAAAAUCACACUUGAUAACUCGAGUCGUUUCGUUGCCCCAUGGGGGAAGUUCUGGAAACUCCCUGAGGACAUGCUUGCAGCAGCUAAGUCCGAGUCUGAGGGGGGUACUGGAACCGCGAGACAGUUUUGGGAUUGGACAGAGGCCCAGGUCAAGCCAUAUGCUUGA